UGAGGACUAUCUUGAGUCUUGACGUUUCCUAUAUAUAAGUACGUCCCCAUGGUUAUCAAUUCUCAUCCAUCAUUUUUCUUUUCUAAAGCCCAAGAUUACAGAUACUCAAAAUGGCGAUAUUAGAGAUGAGAGUACAUAUGGACUGUGAGGGCUGCGCGGUCAAGAUAAAGAAGGCUCUUGGAAAACUCAAAGGAGUGGACAGUGUAGAUGUAGAUAUGAGGAUGCAAAAGGUAACGGUCAUGGGGUGGGCUGCGUCAGACCAGAAGAAGAUGUUGGAAAGAGUGAGAAAAAGUGGAAAAAGAGCAGAGCUGUGGCCGUAUCCAUACAAACCUGACAACCAAUUUUACUACGAAUACUAUGAAAGAGAACCCACGAUUACUUACCAUGCAACCGGCCAUUCAUCGUCCUACAACUACUACAAGCAUGGGAAUGAUGGCCAUGAUCAUGGUUACUAUCAGCCACCACCUUAUUCAACUCUUGUUGAUGAACAAGCCAACUCUAUCUUCAGCGAUGAAAAUCCACACGCUUGCUCCAUAAUGUGAUAUAUAUAUAUAUAUAUAUAUAUAUAUAUAUAUGAAUGACUGUGUAAAUAAAAGCUACUAGUAUUUGUGAGCUGAAUUUCCCUAGUAAGACUAAGAACUGUUGUAAUUUUGUGCGUUGAAGAUGAAGAAUUUUCUAGUGCAUUCUGUUAGUAUUUGUUUAGGGUAGCUUACUUGGCACUUCGAUCUACAUCUCUUUCUAA